AUGAAACGCCUCAGUACGAAUGUCACACAAAAACAGCUUCGGGCUUUGGCUGUAAAACAUGGCAUGAAAGAGGCUGCAAAUACCACAGAAAAAAUCGAAUCGCCACUAAUGAAAGUGGAUUCUAAAGGACAACUGAUUUGUGUAAUUUGUCGUACCCCUCUAAAAUCGGCCAAUAUUUGGAAGGUUCACGUCAAUUCCAAAGCUCAUAAAAAUAAUGUACAAGCUGCCAAGGAACUGAAGACGACGCUCCUAAAUGCCGGGACCUCUACUUUGAAAACAAAUAUUCCCACAAAGACUGAUGGCAAUGUCAAAUCGGCUGCUGUUCCAAAAGAUACUGUGCACGGGAAGACAACAAAAACAACUCCAAUAGAAUCUAAUUCAAUUAGACCACAAGUAGCCUCUGCCACAGUGGACACCAAAAGUUCAGAGUUAGCGAACAAAUCAUUGAAUGAUCCCUUACCAGCUGAGUUUUUUGAUAGUAGUGCUGCUGAAGCGAAAGCCCAGAUUGCCGAAAAUAAAGAUGCCGAAUGGGAAUUGUUCCAGAAGGAAAUAAAAGAAGUAGCCGAGGCGUCAUAUGAAAUUUUCGUGGCCGAUCAAAAGGAAUUGGCAGUGGAAAAGGAGCUUGUCGAGAUUGAUGAGCAGAUACAUCAUUGGUCCAAGGUUUUGGAAUUAGAAGAGAAAAGGAAAAAAUUGAAUAAAUUUAUGGAGAAAAAUAAAUCCGCUCACAACUCGGAUGAAUCAAGUGAUGAUGUAUCCGAAACGGAGGACUUUGAUGAAUACACAGAUUGGAGGGCAAAGGGGUUUAAGUAG